GAUACGGAUAGGGUGUGGUUUAUUCCGGGAUACCACUCGCUUUUGGUAGGUAACUCAUUUUUGCGCUUCUUCGCAUAUGUAUUUUGCAACAAUACUCUUUCAGCCAAUUGUUUUGGGUCGGAGAUGCCUUCAGGUGGUAUUUAAGACCACCGAAUUUGCCAACCACUCCAUAUCGCUUCCCCAGUCAUGUCAGAUCUUGAUUUGAAGUCCAUCCUCGACUUUACUGUCGCUCUCGCUUACGACGCUGGGAAAUUGAUUAUCGAGGGGUCCGAGGCUAUCCAGCAACCAGCAUCUGUCGUUGACAUCAAGAAAAACGCUGUUGACCUUGUCACUGAAUAUGACGUCAGAGUCGAGGAGCUUGUCAAAGAAAGACUUGGGGAGAAGUAUCCCUCAUUCCAGUUUAUUGGUGAGGAAUCUUACGCGGCAGGUGCCCGACCAGAAUGGACAGACGAACCGACGUGGUGUGUUGACCCUAUUGAUGGAACAACCAACUUCGUCCAUGGCUUCCCCAUGGUUGCUCUCUCUAUUGCUCUCUUAGUCAAGCGCCGUUCAGUUUUGGGCGUCAUCUAUAACCCCUUCCUUGAAACCCUGUAUACGGGCAUCAAAGAUGGGGGCUCCUAUGUCACACGUGGUGGCCCCGAGGGUGUCCGCCGCAAGCUACCUUUUGCGAACCCUCCUCAGCCCUUUCCUUCGUUGAGCAAAGCACAACUAGCUGUUGAAUGGGGCUUCGAUCGUCGUAUUCCACCUUUGGCUGCUCGUGCCGAGAGUUUCCACAGGCUGGUCAGCGACGCUGCCAAUGGAAUACACAAGGCCCGCAUGGCACACUCCUUGCGGUCUCUCGGUACCUCGGCUAUGAACUUCGUAUACGUCGCACAAGGUGCCUUCGACAUGUACUGGGAGAUCGGGCCCUGGCCCUGGGAUGUUGCUGCAGGAGUGAUCAUUGCUCAAGAAGCAGGCGGAUUGGUCACCGGUUCCCAUGAGGUCUUUGACGCAAGCAAAGACACCAUCACAUUUGGCGAGGUCGGCGAGGAAAUCCUGACGUCGAGGAAAUAUCUCGUCAUCCGUCCAAUUGGUGAUACUGAGAAUGAGACAGGUCGGGAAGCUCAGAAGCGAAUCAUCUCCGAGUUCUAUGAGACUGUCAUUGACUAUGAUACGGUUUAGGAUAUUGAACUAUGGUCAGCUUAGCGUCGAGCUCGUUGCAUUUGUAGGACCGCUGUUCAUAUAGAG